GUUUCCCAACUCAUGUUUGUAGGUUGCGAUUCAUAGCAUCGAUCGACGUCCAGUUUAUGUCAAUUUGGGGAGGUGAAUUUGGUCGGGUUUCUGUUUGCACUAAUCAGAGAUUGCGGAUGGAUUAUUUUAAGAUUUUGUCCAAUGUCUUAGUCUUUAGGAGCAUCCGUUUUCACAAACAGAGCAUGACGAAGGCGUAGAGUUUGAUUGCAGGAUUAAUUGCACAUUUUGAUGAAGAAACUGUGUCAGAAUGGUCCCAGAAAGGUGGAGGUGUUACACUGAGAAUCACGAGGGAGCGGAAUUUGUGAUUUAGCAGCUGUUAAGUGGGUGACUCGAUCGCGCGGUAAAAUUCACGUUUGCGGAGUGCGAUUCAGCUGCAUCGUUGUCAAAUUGAUUCUGGACCAAGAUGAGCUACUUGUUAGAGAGCUUGACGAGGAAGGUGGACGUGGACAACCUUAUUCUUAACACCAUCGAUAGAGUGCUCGUUCUUCGUUUUGGCCGUACUUCUGAUGUCGUCUGCAUGCAACUUGAUGAGAUUAUUGCAAAAUCUGUUCGAGAUGUGAGCAAGUUCGCCGCUAUCGGAUUGGUUGACGCUGAUGCCCCUGAAAUUCAAUCUUACAUUAAGUACUUUGACAUUACUCUCAUUCCAGCCACGAUUUUCUUUUUCAAUGCGCAUCACAUGAAGAUGGACUCUGGGACUCCUGAUCAUACAAAAUGGAUUGGAGCUUUUCACUCUAAGCAGGACUUCAUCGAUGUCGUCGAGGUGAUUUUUAGGGGUGCUAUGAAAGGGAAGCUAAUUGUAACCUGCCCGCUUCCAAAGGAGAGAGUACCAAAGUUUGAGCUUCUGUACGGAAAUAUAUGAUGUCUGGUUCAGUUGCGCUGAACUCGUUUGAACAGCAGUGUACAUAGAGGCGAAUGACAUUUCUUGUGACAUGGCGCGACAAUAUAAUAGCCUUGAUUACACAGGACAGCUUUUAAAUGUUAUAUUUUUUUCAGGGUUGUAGGGUACAUACUGUAUCAUUGCUACUCCAAUGAGUGCGGGGUAGACAGCAAUCAUCAACGUGCAAAUUUUUCUUGCGGUUAUGCGGGAUUUAUAUAGGCCUGAAA